AUGGCGUCCCCAAUUAGCAAUGACGUCGAGUUCAUCCCACAAGCCUUUUACUCGCAAGCAACAAACAACCACUAUGGGUGUCGUCUGCUCAUCACUUGCUUCCGUUUUCGCCGCUAUCGGCAAUGCCAUCACUGGCCUAUUCUCGCUCAUUGCACGCUUCUUGAUCGCAAUCGUCAAUGCCAUAACAAGUGUCUUUGUCACUAUCUGCGACGGUAUCGGAAGCUGUCUAUGCUGCAAUGGCCACAGCGGUCGUCGAACAGGCGGUCGUCGGUCUCGCAGGGUCGUCUAGGCACAGACUCGAUCAAGAUACCCCCCUUGUGCAAACAGACCACAGCUAGAUCUGCUCUGCUGACGACCAACCUGUAG